AUGGAGUAUUCCUCACUCCAAAUAACCUGCACUGCUUAUGAUGAGGCCAAUGAAGAGAUGCCAGAAAGCAUCCGAUUUGUUGAAAUAGAUGAUUACUUGAAUGAGAAGAAUUUAACUGAUAAGGACAGCAACCUCAACUUUACAACAACACGAGAAGGUAAGAAACCUCGAAAAGUUUGUCAACUAUGCUUAAACUGGGAGAAAUCUCAGCAAAGGUGCAUCAUUUAUCAUAUGAAGACAAUUCAACCAUAGGUUACUAAGAAGAACAGGCUUUCCUACUUCUCAGUUACCCUUGAAUUAGAAAUAUAAAUCACAGACGUUUGGUAUUACUUGGUUUGGUUUAUUAUCAUUUUAGUCAUUUUGAACUAUAUAUAUAUAUAUAUAUAUAUAAAUGUGGGGGUAGAGUCUACCUUGACAUAAAGUGCUCAAUGCUGUGGUAGCAGAGCUAAGUAUAUAUAAGUUAAAGAAUUAAAGAAGACGCAUCGAAUCUGAGUUUCGCGCCUAAGCACUCGUCAGACAAAACUUUAUUCAAUGAAGAACAUACCUCCUUAUAUACAAAUUCACUAGUGUGAUGAUCUAAUCUACGUGUGAAAUAAAGAUUCUAUAGAGCUAUUGUUGGCGUUCACACCGUACAGAACAGCCGCAAGAACAGACAGAGAAACAUAAUUUGGUUUAAUCCGCCCUACAGCAUGAACGUACAAACAGACAUCGGCAGAGAGUGUUUGAACCUCGUCAGUAAACAUUUUCCGAAAAAUUACCAAUACAACAAGAUUUUCAACAAAAACAACAUAAAAGCUAGUUAAAGCUGCACAGACAACCUACAAACCAUAAUUAAGAAACACAACAGAAAAAUUCUCGAGACAAGCGAGACACCUUGCACGGAAAACAACUGUAACUGCAGGAAAAAAACAACUGCCCUCUGAAAAACAACUGCCUCACUACAAGCAUCGUCUGCAACGCCAACGUAACAACAGAAUGUGACACAACCGGAAAGAAUUACAUUAGACUAACAGAAGGAACUUUUAAACAACGUUAUACGCAACGCAAACUUUCUUUUCGGAACAGAAAUUAUUCAAACAGCACGGAACUAUCAAAGCAUAUCUGGACACUCAAAGACAACAACACCAAUUUUACAAUUAACUGGAGUAUUUUAGCGACCUCCCCGGCCUAAAGCAACAAAAGAAGAAGGUGCCACUUGUACCUCACAGAAAAACUUUAUUUAGUUAGAGCUAGGAAGCCGUCUUUAUUAAACAAAAGAACAGAACUCAUUUCUUAAUGCCGCCACGAGAAUAAGUUUUACUUAACAAAUUUCACAAGCCGCCAGCAAUAGCUCUAUAGAAUCUAUAUUUCACACGUAGAUUAGAUCAUCACACUAGUGAAGUAAGAAGCUACUUAUCUAAUUUGUAUAUAAGUAGGGUAUGUUCUUCAUUAAAUAAAGUUCUGUCUGACGAGCGCUUUGGCGCGAAACUCUCAGAGUCACAGAGAAUCGAUGCGUCCUCUUUAAUUCUUUAACUUAUCUAUAUAUAUAGAUAUAUAUACCUUAUUUUGAAGUUGAUUGUAAUAAAAGAAGGGCUCAUGAAAAGUUUCAUGUCUCAGCUCCUUUUUCUUUACUUCCAGACAAUGGUCGCAAGCUCAUAGUUACCAUGACAAUCGUCAACGUCACAGAAAAGUACGAGUUAAAAACCGGGGGCAGUUACCGAUGCAUCGCAGACGCAGUGAACAGUAGUAAAACCGCAAAGUAUGCCUUCCAUAUUAAAGUAAUUCGAGGUAUGUUCUUUAAUAAACAUCUGGAUAAAGUGAUUUUCAAAUUUAAGCGAAAGAGAUACAUAAUUGUAACUGUUUCUAUAACCCACGGCCAAAAUAGCACCUUAUACAGAUAUUUGACUACGCAUGCAGGACAUUUACUCAAGCAACAAAUUGAUGUGUCACCGAGGAUAAAUCGCACUUAACUCUCUACCUCGAGCUUUAAGUAAUUUCCUUGGAAGUUAAUUUUUCGUCAGUUACCAUCAGCUAACUUGAUCUCUUUGUUAUCUCCGACUGUUUUCCGUUUCGAUAGAAAGGACAAGUUGGCAAGGUUCUGCUGUAAAUAAUUCCGUAUGCAUUUGGUGAUCAGUUAUAAUAACUUCACCAGGUGUUCACCCACUGUAUGUAGUGGUGACUGGGCUUAGAUAUAAUUAGUUAUAAUAACCUCACCCACUUUAUGAAGUGAUGAGUGGGCUUAGAUAUAAUUAGUUAUAAUAACUUCACCCUCUGUAUAUAAUGGUGAGUGAGCUUAGAAAUAAUGAGUUAUAAUAACUUCAUGUAGUGUUGAGUGGGCUUAGAAAAAAAAGAGAGCUGUUGGUCGUUAUCACGAUAAUCAGAGAAAUUAAUCAUACGCCAUGUAAAGGUUAUAAAUUAUAAAUAUGACGCCUGUUGUGUUGGUUUUAGAAAAAUUUUCCAUCAAGAGUCAAAAGUGAUCCUAUAUUUUUUUGCUUCACUAUGCUUUGUGAUUGGUCUAUAAAAUUCAUGCCACCACUCUAGACUUUGCCAUCUGCGUGUUCCCGCGCUGCAAAAAGCUCGCUUGUUUAAACAUUUAGCGCUCAUUGGCUCAUUGUGAUAUCGUCCUUCGGCGGCUUAUUGACCGUUGAGAUUUGCUCCAAAAAGCUUUCAGGCAGUAAGAGCUCCGUUCUUCGUUUUCUUUCAGAAAGUGAUAUACCCAAAGUGACUGUCUCUAGCCUGACGGUGGAUCAUUCUGUUUCCGCGACGAUUUUUUGCAACAUAACAUUCAGAGGAAGCCAAUCCACAACACUGACAAGUUUGUGGUUGUCCAAAGACGGCGAAAACCUGACUGACACUUUGGUAAAGGACGGAAUUUCAGAAUCCACUUCAUUGGUUCUCAAAGAUAUUAGCAUGAAAGAUGGAGGGAUGUAUUCUUGCAACUUGAAAUUCCUCCUUAAAGGCAAGGUGCCUCGCGAAGUAAAAGAAACUACCUCGCUCACAAGUAAGUGCUUCGUUAGCUACUAUGUUACAUUUCUUCAUUGUUUCAUCAUCAUCUUUUACCGGGCAAUGUGCAGUGGCUUCAUUUGCCUGAAUCCCCAUUAAACUUCCAAACCCCCAAAAAACGACAACUUAAGUUAAUUUAACUCUAAGGAAAGGGCUUUUUCAACUUCCUCGUUGUUCUUGUUGCUAUUAUUUUCAUUAUUAUUAUCAUUAUUAUUGUUAUUAUCACUUUCAUCAGUAAUAUAAUUGUUAUCACUGAUUAUCAGUGGCAGUAGUUAGUAAUAUCGGUAUUGCCAUUAGCACUAUCAUUUUCAACAGCAUUAUUAUUAUCAUCAUUGUUAUUUUCAUGAUCAUUAUUAUAAUUAUUCCAGUUAAACCGUGGUUUGAAAGUAAAGAUGGCAAAACUGUCGCAAAGAAGUUGGGAGACGACUUAACCUUAAAGUGCGGUGCCAGAGGAUACCCUCUGAGGGUGGAAUGGAAGUUUAAGAGUGAGACAGACGAAACAGUUAAGACUUGUAUAGGUAAGUUUGAAUUGGACAUAAUUCGAAAAAACUUUUAUUGUCUGUCAGUCAGUGGUUUAGUUCCUUCUCUGCAUUCAAUAAUUCGGUAAGCGAGUCAUAUUGUUUGUUCAGCUGUCUAUCAACCAUUCUGUCAGUCAGUCUUCCAUAUCGUCUUGUUGCCAGUGAGCCAUUCAGUUCAAUCAGUCAGUCAGCCAGUAAAUUAGUAAGUCAGUCAAUCAGCCAGUCAGGUAGUAAGUCAGUCAGUCAGUCGGUCAGUCAGCCAGUCUGCCAUUACGUCACUCUAUCGUUCUCUCUGUCAGCAAGGCAGCAUUUAGUUAUUCGGUCGGUUAGUAAUUCAGUCCGUAAGAUCAUUCAUCAGUCUUGGGUACUAAGUCCGUCAGGUAGAUCAACUGUUAUGCUGAUGAUCAGCCAGCCAGUCAGUCAACUUGUUAUAUAGCUACCAUCCAUUAUCAAUCAGCCAAAAGACGGUAAGUGUAUCAAUGCUAUUUGCAACCGGUUAAGUUAACUCUUCUCAAAUCUUUAUAAAUGUUUAUAUUUGAGAUUCUUCAAUGGAUAAGCGUUACAAGGUAAGCCAGAAGGGACCUCACGAUCCCUUUUCCUUGACCAUCACGAGCUUGAGCAAAGCUGACCUUGGAGUUUAUUACUGCUGUCUGCCAUCGGGCUGCUCUAAGAACAUUAACGAGGAGCAGUGUCAAAGCUUUGACAUCGAUCAAAAAAGUAAGUAUUCUUAGUGACAUCAAGGUUUGGGCUAGUGCAUAGGUACAUUUUGAAGAAAAAUGUCUAAAACACCUUCGAGGUACACAAUCUUCUUGCAAAACAAUCCUUAUUAUUGCCUAGAGAAGAUUUUCGUAUCCGUGGAAGAGAGUCGCAUAUGCAUGAAGUAAUCUAUCACUGUUUUAAAAUGCUCUCAUGAAGAGAACUCAGGAAACAUAUUGUCUCGUUGCCUCGAAUCCAGCUUGAGACGGUGAGCAUCUUUGUGGCUUUUGUAAUUGAACCAAUUGUGCUUAAAAAAAGAAACUGGAUGUUAGGCUGCUUCACGAAUAUGUUUGUUCAGUAGGUAAAGAAUCGGUCUGCUAAUAGCUUUCAACUACAAUCCUUACUUUCCUGUCUGCUCGAGGCUUAACCCUUUAACUCCCAUGAGUGACUAAGGCAGAAUUCUCCUUACAAUAUCAAUACAAUAUCAGCCAGAUAAGUGAUGUGAAAAAGUAUCAAUUUGGGGGUAAUUAGUUGAUCCAAUACUAAAUUCUCUGAACUAACACUAUAAGAAUUGUAUAGUUGACAGUAAAGAUAAUUACAAAUUUGAUGUGGGAGUUAAAGGGUUAACCAGAGCAGAUCGCUGAAAGACCUCUCAAAUAUCAUUAAAUUACGCUUGUAAAAAUUGUAACAUAACUGAGAAAUCCCUCAACCGUCAUUGAAUUUCAUUUUAUAUAUUUUAGCAUUUUUCAAUUUGAUCCUUUUAUUCCAAAGGUGAACCAACUGCCGGAACAACGUCUGUGGUUGCCUAUAACGUGUUCCUCAUCUUGAGUUUCUUUGUGGUUUCGCUUUUGAGUUUGUAGAGGACGGGGUAGCGUACCAAACAACUUGAUCCUCUCUCUUGACUUCAGCUGAUUUUCAUAUUAGGAGAUGUUCACAGCUUCUGUACGCCACUGAUUCACAAUCAUUCCUAUACCGUCCUCUAAAUGUUUCGGUUGCGUGAAUUUGUAAAACUUCCCUAAUGUUUUAUUAGUCUUAUUAGUCUGCUAGUUAUGACUUGUUUUUCAAGUUUUUUUCUUCGGCUAUUAAAAACAAAAUAUUGGACCCAACUUUCAAACACUUCAAAUGUAAUCAUAUUUUCCUUGUUUAUUAUUAGAUAUAAGGGGUAAUUAAAUUUGCAGACCCUAAAGUCGAGUGGCAGCCCUGCCAGUUAGUACAUACCGCCCUGCAUUCACAGAUUAACAAAAAGCUGUUAACAGAAUCCAGAAUCCAGUACAGUGAGAUCAGAAAGUAAAAUCUACAGUUAUAUUAAGUAAAAUAUAUUGUCUGCAUCAUUUCACUUAUUUGAAGAAUAUUGGCCUCCUAAGUAAACAAUUAUAUAUCCAAUGGAUGUCGUUACACAAAAUUCACCGUAUUACUUGUUACGAACAAGAGUUUGAUGAAAUUUUAUAAGCUCAAAAGUGUAGAAAUAAACUACUGUAGAAAUAAUGAACUUUAGAAUAUUGCUCAACAGUUAACAUAUUAUUUGUUCCGUAGAAGUAUUCGCUAAGAUUUUACGGGUUCAAAGUUGUCGUUGUUACUGGCUCACACUUUUCUCUAUUUUCAGCUGCGUGUGCUCAUUGAAAAAAUUUUGACAAAAGGUGAUCAAGGUCGGAUGCAGUUAGGCUUUUAACUCUUUGGCUUACAAUUUCAUUUUCUUUUAUGCAGUUAGGGAACAAGAGUUUUCAUAUCAUUAACCAUCUUCUUUCUUGUGUUUAAGCCUUUCUAUUUGUUGAUGAAAUCGUAAAUAGCCUCCUGCCUUUCGCCAUUGCUUGUUUCAGAGGUUUCCAGAUCAUAAUAAAAUUUGCUGGCUGGAUGAUCUUAUUCUUUUUCGGUGUUUAUCAUUGUAAUCAGUCGUUUGAUGACUUGUUCACAAGUUUCUUUACAAAGAAUGAGAAUAUUUACGGGUUUCCUUACUGCAGUUUUAGUUGCAAGUUUUGCAUUUGCUGGUUUUCAAAAUGAAAAUACACGGUUUAUGACCGUUUUCGUGGAAACGGCCCGACUGGCAAAAUCCCGACCGAUUAAGAAGCAAUAGGAGCGCUCGCAUUCAACUCAGGAAUGCGCAUUGUUAUAUACCUAGACUUUCACUCAAGAAAACAAGCACUGUAUUUGGUUAGUUCUUGAUCACGUGCCCCUGAUCAAAUUCAAAUGUAUCCCGACAGGGAUACAAUUGCGUAGUUGAUGCCCGCGCGUCGAAUACAACAGUAUGUUUGUUUUUGCCAUUUUAUGUAUGGUCCCUCGGGAAACUAAUAAGUUUUGUUUUCCCUCAAGUCCUGAUGUUUCCCUCGACUUUAUCUCGAGAAACAUCAGGACUCUCGAGAAAACAAAACUAACUGUUUCCCUCGGGAACAUACAUUAGUGUUUGAUAUUCAACGUAUUAUUUGUUCCGAACAAGUAUUAGUGAAAUUCUACCAAAUCAAAGUUGAAGAAAUAGAUUCUUGAAGACUGAAAACUCUGAGUAGUUUAGUUUCUAAACUACUAGAGAAAUUCUAGAGAAUUUCAUCCGGUGGUUAUCUUCUCGUUCAAGAGUAAUAGCCUACAGGAGUAGACAUGCAUGUAACAUGUAUCACAAAAAAUGUUUAUCACAAAAAAUGUUUAACAGGAGAUUAUGUUAACAAACGAUGACCCCACUCAAAUGGACUUAUAAAUAGCAAAUGUUGAAAGAGUGGCUCAGUGAAAUAUGAUUAGUCAGUAUAAAAGAGCGCUGAGGUCAAAAGAAAAAUGGAAAAAAUACGUGGGCUAGGAAUCACUGAAAAAAAUAAUUGUCGGAGACUACGAAUAAACGAAUGGCCCCAGACGUGCAGAAUAUGUCUGCUCUCCCUCACAAUUUUAUCCGGUCUUUCCCUCAAAGUGGUAAGCUCUUUUAUACACCUGCAUUCCCAAGAUCUUAGCCGCUUACUUUUUCAAUUACUUUUUGUGUUGACUAAAGAUGGAAAUAAAGAUUUCUUCUGACCAAAGCGAUGUGAUGCAUUCGUGUGACAAUGCACGAUCUAGGCAUGUGUGAUUUCAUUAUGACUAGUUACCGACCCUGUUGUCUUUUUGAAAAAAGCAAGUUGUAGUUAAUUUCGCAGUAUCGAACAAUUCAGAUUGUUCAUAUUUAGUGGCAAGUAACCUUAGCUCGUAUAUCAGUCGUUAUCCGUCCUUGCUAAUGUUCUUCCAUUUAACAAAGUAAAGCAAAUGAGUAUCGCCGAUUUUUAAACUUUCCUGGGAAUAAAACACUCGAUCG